AUGCCUGCUGCUGUGAGUGUCUCCCUCCCGACAUGGGGAGCCAACAUUGGCUAUGAAAAGGGCGAAAAAUGGGUAAUAGAUGCCAUGACCAAUGGCUACCCACGCUUCUUCAUCCACAAGAGCAUCCGGGCGCUGGUGGCAGAAGUUGUCCGCCGCUUCGGUACGCCCGGGGAGGAUUCGGCCACAUUGUUCCCGUCUCGUAAGACUGCAGACAGGUGUUACCAGUUCAUGACGUCGCGGCUACCAGCUGAGGAAGCACAAAAGCUUCGCGUUAUUAGCCUUCUGCCGCCACGGAGACAGCAGCAGCAGAAGCAGCCGCUCUCAGAUGAAGGUGACGGUGGUAAAGCAAAUCCGAAUAUCGCAUCGUCUCUGUUUUGCGUUUUUUAUCCAUCCGCACAAAGCAGCGUUGCAAAGGAGGUAUGGCAACACACGGGUGAUGGGAUAUCAAGUCGCCGAAGUGAAUUCUGUCUGAAGGCCUUGGAAGAUGGAUAUUUAAUCGAAGAGAGCCGGCUGCUGCAGCGGGACGAGCCUACAACUCAAUGGCCGCACAAGGGGCCGAAGCGGUAUCAACGAAACGGGUCUCUAGGGAGCAUCAGCAAGGACUUGACAUCAACGCAGCCACAGCAUCUACUGCAGAAAAGCGAAAUCCCCUCUUCGAUGGAGUUUGACCAAUUCAUUGAAGAGCGGUUUGGCCGUAACUUGAACCUGGCACAUGCCAAUAAUGCCAAGCUCGCGGUUCGGAGGCGGAUUGCUGGCUCAUUGACUUGCAAUGGUGAGCUCAGCGAAGCACUGAAAUCUGCAUCAUCGGAUGGGCGGAUUUCCAGGUUGGCAGAAGAGCACGUCUUCCUCUUUCCCUCGGGCAUGAGUGCGAUCUUCAACACCCAUCGCAUGCUAACGGCUGCUCGGGGCCCGAUGAAGAGUAUAUGCUUCGGCUUCCCUUAUGUUGAUACGCUGAAGAUAUUACAGAAAUGGGGCCCUGGUGUUCAGUUUUAUGGGCAUGCAUCGUCUGAAGAGCUAGAUGAUCUUCAAAAACGGUUGGAGUCAGGGGAACGAUUCCUAGCGCUCUUCACCGAAUUCCCUGGGAAUCCCCUGCUGAAGGCCCCAGAUCUCGAACGUAUUCGAGACCUAGCGACGAAAUAUGACUUCGCCGUGGUGGUGGAUGAAUCUGUUGGUAACUUUAUCAAUGUCAACGUUCUCCCGUAUGCCGAUGUGGUCGUGAGCAGUUUGACGAAGGUUUUCAGUGGAGACAGCAAUGUUAUGGGCGGCAGUGCAGUGUUUAAUCCGCACGGGCAAUAUUAUCAGAAGCUGAAGGCGGUGCUUGAGACGGAGUACGAAGAUAAUUAUUGGGGAGAAGAUGCCAUUUUCCUCGAGCGAAACAGCAGGGAUUUCGUAUCGAGGAUUGAGCGUAUUAACGCUACUACUGAGGAGAUCACCGCACAGUUAAAAGCGUCACCUUUGAUCAAGGACCUUUACUACCCAAAAUACAGCCCAACUCGACCUUGGUACGAUAAAUGCAAGAACCCAAACGGAGGGUAUGGGGGUCUAUUCUCUAUAACCUUCCACUCAAAAGAGCAGGCGGUUGCCUUCUACGACUCCUUUGAAGUCAUGAAGGGCCCCAGUUUAGGCACGAAUUUUACACUUAGCUCUCCCUACGUGAUCCUAGCUCACUACGAGGAAUUGGAAUGGGCAAACUCACUAGGCGUCCCUACAGAGUUAAUAAGAACGAGCGUCGGACUUGAGGACCCUGUGGACCUUCAGGCUCGCGUCGACCGUGCCCUUGCAGCGGCCGCGAAGGUCUCGAAUAAGUCGUGA